GUCUAUUCCCUUCCCUUCUCUUCAAGCAGAUUCCUCAACCGCUCUGCUCUGCUCUGCUCUGCCUGCCUCCCUCCUGAUUCCGCGGGCGCCCGGCUGGUCGGGAAAAUCCCCGGCGGAGCAGCUGGCUAGCCCGAGGCUGGCGGCGGCGGCGGCGAUGCGGAUCCCGCGCCGGAAGGCCGCGGUCACGCUCGGCGCGCCCAGCCGGCGGGCGCAGAUCGCCGCCGUCUUCGCGCUCGCCGCGCUGCUCGGCGUCUCCGUCCUCUACGACAGCGCCCACAUCGCCGCCUCGCUGCGCCGCCACAGCGGCUACAACAGGCCCUCCGCCGCCACCGAGGAGGCGGGCCCGCGCGCGCCACCGGCGCAGGGAGCGGAGUCGUCGGGGGCGGCCACGGAUCGGAGCGACCCGCCCCCGCGGCACGGGCAGGCGGAGGAGGCGUCCAGCUCCAGCUCCAGCCCCGGGGACCGCGCCGACGAGUCGCCGCCCGCGGCGGUCCUGAAGGACGUGGCGUCGGCGGGCGGGGGCUCGCCGGGCUGCGACCUGUACAGCGGGAGGUGGGUGCACGACGAGGCCAACGCGCCGCUCUACAAGGAGGACGACUGCGAGUUCCUCACGGAGCAGGUCGUCUGCAUGCGCAACGGCCGCCGCAGCGACGACUACCAGAAGUGGCGAUGGCAGCCCGACGGCUGCGACCUGCCCAGGUUCGAUGCUAAGUUGCUUCUUGAGAAGCUAAGGAACAAAAGAAUGAUGUUUGUGGGGGAUUCACUGAAUCGGAACCAGUGGGAGUCCAUGGUGUGCCUGGUCCAGGCUGAGGCUCCGUGGGAUAAGAAAAAGCUUGUCAAGAAUGGUUCGCUAAAUGUGUUCCGCCUUCAUGAGUAUAAUGCAACAAUUGAGUUCUAUUGGGCUCCUUUCCUAGUUGAGUCAAACUCAGAUGAUCCAGACAUUCAUAGCAUCCCCAACCGCAUGAUCAUGCCAACAUCGAUCGCCAAGCAUGCAGCAAACUGGAUAGGGGUGGACUACUUGAUAUUCAACACUUACAUCUGGUGGAUGAACACUCCAAAGAUGAAAAUUGUGCAUGACUUCACAAGGAAGCCGGUGCAGUAUGAUGAAUUGGAUCGUGUGGUUGCAUACCGACAGAUCAUGAAGACAUGGUCUGGAUGGGUAGAAGAGAAUGUAGAUCCCAAAAGACAGAUGGUCUUAUUCAUGAGCGUGUCACCCGUACAUAUGCAGAGUGAAGGCUGGGGCAAGCCUAACAACAUAAAAUGCUUCUCCGAGACACAGCCAGCGAUAAAUUACAACAAAACGUUGGAGCUCGGCACUGACUGGGAUCUGUUCACAGCAUCUAAUGAAGUGACUAAGGCGAUGAAGAAGGUGCCUGUGCACUUCAUCAACAUAACUGCAUUAUCAGAGAUCCGCAAGGACGCUCACACAUCCGUGCACACCCUGCGACAGGGUAAGCUCCUGACAAAGGAGCAGCAGGCUAACCCACGAAAGUUUGCAGACUGCAUCCACUGGUGCCUCCCUGGCGUGCCAGACACAUGGAAUGAGUUCAUUUAUGGCCACAUUGUGUUGAGCCGGCAGACUGAGGAUCAGUCUCAAAGAUAACAGUGUAUAAUCUGCUUGAAAUCUGGUAGCUUGUGUUAGUGAGGUAAGAUGGUUAUUGAGGCCAUAUAAUAUAUUUUUCUAGGUCUAGAAAUCUACGCUGUUGUCUGUGUUGGUUCUGGAAGGUACAUCGGAGGAUAGCAAAUUGUAGUUAUAAAGCAACCAAGAUGGCCUGCCAGUGAUUAUACCGUCUGAAUGUGGAGCUUCGGUGCUUCUCGUUUGGAAAGGAGUCAUAUUUUACCUGAUACAUGUACAUAAUUUGUUAUCCAACUCUUCUCAUGAGAAUAUUUAACCUUUUGGCUGUAAGAGCUGAGGACAUUUUUUCUUCAA